AUGGUCUGGCCAUUCUCUUCGUCCUCCACCCGCGGCGACGCCAUCCGGUCCGGCGACGCCAUCCCCACCCGAUCCGAACGACAAAAGUGCUGGGCCGCCCGCGACGCCUACUUCGCCUGCCUCGACGCCCACGCCAUCGACGACCCGGUCAAGGAGGCCGGCAGGGCCGACCUCACCUUCUGCGCCGACCAGUCCAGGCUGCUCGACUCCAACUGCUCCGCCGCCUGGGUCAAGUACUUUAAGCAGUGGCGCGUCGCCGACCUGCAGAAGAGGAGGAGGUUGGAUGAGCUCAGGAGGCAGGGCGCUCAGGAGAUGGUCGUCACCAGCACUUUUGCUCCCCUCCAGACCGACCCCUCCUCUCCUCCCUCGGCUUCUCCUUCUGCUUCUGCUGGUAGGGGGGUAAAGAGUAAGGACGAUAUUCAGGACAUGUUGGAUCGCAAGAGGAGCUGA